AAACUGGAAUGGUGUCUUAGCGAUCUGCAAGGCCUGAAGAAAACAAUCAACCAACCAAGCUUUCUCAGCACAGCACCACCUACCCACAACCUUGCAGGCUGACUUCCGAUUCGAAUCGCUGGCAUCCGCUCUGCCCCUCCCCCAUCCCUACCCCCUUCCUCCCUAUUACCGACCGCAUUCAUCUUUUCGCUUUGAGAGAAAUCAGGCAGUCAGUCAAUUGACAGUUUAAACAGACCAACAAACCCUCCUUGACCCCCAAAUUUGCGCCGCCCCCAAACCCCCAAGUCCAAACUCCGGAACCGUCAGCCGACUACCUAGGUAUCUUACAUACCUGAGCGAACGACUCGUCCAUCUUACGUCUCCAACUCUCCGGGACCUGUCGCCACCGGCCCAACUGUACUCUUGAAGCUAUACCGCGGCGCACCAAAUUUCUUGGCCAGAGUACCUAUCUUAGUUUAUAUCCUUGUCCAUCUGGUCAACUUACACUUUUUGCGAUCACAUACAGCCAGAGUAACGGGUCAAGGUCACGACUCAGGCCGUAGGUUCCACUCAUCUCAUCUUUCGACCGUCUGCGGAAGCUUCAAAGGUCCCCCUCCCAUACAAUCAUGACGGACGGGAUCCCGAAAGAGCCCAUCCCUACGAGCAACCCACCGUCGAACCCAGUCAACCCAUGCCAGCAAGAUGGCCAGGCGGGACCCCACGCAGACCACCGGCUGUUACAAGCUGCCGCCGCCGGUCUGUUGAAUAAGCAAAAUGCCGCCUCAAACGCAAACAUCAAUUUCUCUUUUCCUACCUUAGACACCACAUGCGCCGUCAACUCGAUGAGCCCUGUCGACACUCCAACCAAAUCCGCCCGCCUCGGGAGCCACCACAGUCACGUCGAGUUUCGAACGAGAACAAUCGCCCCUUCACCUUCGGAAACCCCCAGCCCGCACCGUCACUCUGACGACGCCUCCCGAUACCAGCGAAGCCCCCUUGCCUCCAGUUCGAAAACCACAAGUCCCCAGGAGGCUCCUGAGGGUCGUCCCGCACACCGCAGGGACAGCAACAACAACCUCUCCCCCAUCACGCCAGCCAAGUCCCCCGCGUUUGGUCUGCACCACAAAACGUCUGCCUCGUCCCUGCGACCCAUUGCACGCACCCCGAGCUUCAAGAACAGCUUGGGCCCAGGUUUUGGCACUGCUUCGGCCGCCAGCUCGACAUACCCCAGUCCGAUCAUAUCUGCUAUGGGCGACGUCACCCCACUUCCAUCACCCCUUCUAUCUGGUGACUCGCCAGGCCCCUGGAGGAGGUUGGCGCGCCCGCCCUCCCGAGACACUCCUGCCGCAACGCCUGGCGUAGAGUCGGUUCUUGUUUCUUCCAACGGCGAGUCGAUAGCAGCGGCCAUGACAUCUCAGCCGCAGAGGAAGGCUUACAUGGGCUUGGGGCUGGAGGCAAGCUCUAGCACCAGCACGAACAACCAGCCAGAGAGGACUCUGCCGCAUACUCGAAACAGAAGUGUGAGCGAGUAUAAGCCGGACCCAAUGUUAAUUCCAAAACGGAUGUCGACGGUGUCGGGAUCUCGGGACAAGACUGAAAAAAGUACGGAGGCGCAGCAGCGCAUGCGUCGUGAGCCACAUCUUUCUGCUGCCCGUGGGAUAACACCAGCGGAGAAGCCCCCUACCCCGCCGCCUAGCGAAUCUUCUCUGAGCGCAGGGGAGACUUUGGUGGGCGGUGUUGCUGCUAAGACCACUGCCGGAGAGGAAAGCUCGGAUCAAAAGCCUCGGUACGAGUACUUUGAAGCACGCAAUCGUACUGAUGGCAAGCUGCGACGUUGGCGGGCGAUCAAGGAACUUGGGCAAGGUACCUUUAGUCGGGUCAUGCUAGCAACGAGUGCGCGGCCCCACGAUGAAUCUACUAGCGAGGAGUCGAAUGACGCCUCCCCGCGGACCAGUGGCCAGUAUGACCGCAAGACACUUGUCGCCAUAAAGGUGUGCGAAUCGGGACCCAAGGGUGGAGCUUCAGAAGACCGUAUUGAGAUGAGUCUGAAGCGGGAGCUUGAGAUCAUGAAAUCGAUACAUCACCCCAACCUGGUGCACCUUCGUGCGUGGAAUAUCGAGCCGACCCGCGCCAUACUCGUACUCAGCUUUUGCACGGGAGGAGAUUUGUUCGACGUGGCGAGCGCUCAUCGCAGCGUGCUGAACCCGCCCCUGAUACGGCGCAUAUUUGCGGAGCUCAUAUCUGCCGUCAGUUACUUGCAUGAGAGGCGCAUUGUCCAUCGGGACAUCAAGCUGGAGAACGUUCUGGUCAACCUCACACCCUCAGAGUUGGCGGACCCUUCUAUAGAUUGGGCUACAUACCCCUACCCGGUUUCUACACUGACAGAUUUGGGUCUGGCUCGCCGUGUUGCUGAUGACGAGAAGCUCGAGACGCGAUGUGGGUCUGACGACUAUGCCGCACCCGAGGUAAUCAUGGGCCAACCUUAUGACGGCCGGGCCAUUGAUGCCUGGUCACUUGGAGUGCUCUUGUAUGCUCUCCUCGAAUCACGUCUCCCCUUUGACCCGCUGCCUGGCACCGUUACAGGAGCCGACAGUGCCCACCGCAUGAGGUCUCGGACUUCACAUCGAAUCGCGCGCAUCGAGUGGCGCUGGGUUACGUUUGCGGGAGAAGAUGGCGACCACGACGGCGAUGAGGAAUUGUUCAAGAGUAAAGGUCUUUUCGGGGCUAUGCAGAUCACCGAGGGCUUAUUGAAACGUGCACGAAGCAGAUGGACAGUCGAAAAGGUUGCUCAGUCGGAGUGGGUCAAGGGCGGGAUACAGGUCGAGGGUGGCGUCAAGUUUUUAGAAGUGGAAGACGGUGAGGUUGCUCAGGAUGAUGACGUGAUGGGUUUAUGAUCGUUAUGAGGAGCCCCCCCUUUUUUUAUGCUGCAAUAACCUCAGAAGCUUUAAGGUACCGGCGGAGAUGAAGGCAUGUUGGCCACAUUUCCACUCUCUGUGCCAGCCCGGAGAUCCCCAUUGAGGAUACUCACAAAUGAUUUGGCAGUCUUACAAAAGCGCCCCCAGCUGCGGCGCUCAUGCAUCACAUUUAAAGAGCUUACUUACCUCAUCAAUAAGCAUGCUUCAUUCAGGCCUCGAGCGUUUCGCUCUUGCUUUACUCAAUAUUAAAUACUCUUCUCCCAGGCGAUUCUUGAUGUUGUUUCAGGGGGUCUGGGCUCCGUCAGCAUAUGUACAAAAUUGGUGCAUGGCCAAGAUGCUACUAUACUAAAAGUUGUCGUUAACAACCCAAAAUCCUUUUAUAUCCGGAACGAAAUCAUGGACGAGUGCACCACCCUGUGACGAUAGGGGUUUGUGUUCGAGGAAGAAACAUCUUUCCUUGCGGGAGAAUUUUGCGUGGCUGGGCAAGAAAGGAGAAGAGCUUCUAGUUCUAGAACCGGUUAACUUCUAAGGUAAUUUAGAGCUGGCGUAUGAUCCAGGUCAUCACCAUUCAUUUCACAAAUAGCACACCAAAUCGACGAAGCAAGUGUCCCAUAACAGUCUGUGUCAGGAAUUAAACGAUAUAUU